AUGUAUGUUCGAUGGGAAGAAGAUGUAAGAAGAAUACCCUCUAAUCCCUCCAAAGAGGAAAAGCGUGAUGACAAGCGGCAAAAGAAAGAACAAUUUGGCGUCGAUGAGUCAAGUAAUAAUUGGAUCCCUCGUAAGUCAGGACCAUCAGACUAUGUCAAGAACUGCCCCGAGUACCCACUUUGGAUACACCAAGUCGAGGUUGUAUCAGUCUUGAAGAAAAUGGGAAACAACAUGAAGUGGCCACCCAAGAAGGAAACUGGCAAAUGGAAGGAUCCUAACAAAUGGUGUGACUUUAACCAGGACACAUGGCAUACUACUCCAGAUUGCUUUGGUCUUAACUACGAGGUGAAUGACCUGCUAAAAAAGGGUAAUCUCAAAGACUUGUUGUCCAAAAAGGCCAAGGCCAUUUGGGAGAAGAGGAAGAUUGAUGGUGAAGAGGUGCCACCACCAAAGCCUAUAGAUACCUACAAUGUGAUUUUUGGAGGGUUAGAAAUUAGUGGACACUCUCAUACUGUGGCAAAGAAGCAUGAGAAGGAAGCCACCCAGCUUUUGCAGCCACACCAUAAUGCCUUGGUGCUCACGCUUCAAAUUACAAAUUUUAAUGCGAAGUGGAUCUCAAUUGACAAUAGCAGCUCAGCUAACGUCCUAUUUUUCACAACUUACAAGGGGAUCGGGUUGGAUGAGACUCUGAUUCCGCAGCAGUCAACAGCACUGGUCGACUUCAGUGGCGAGGUGAGUCAUUCAUUGGGAGAAGUCACUUUGCUGAUUUUUGUUGAAGUAAUAAAUAAGCAUACCAAGUUUCCGAUCUUGGACUCGCCAUUCGCUUAUAAUGCUAUUUUGGGUCGCCCCUGGUUGCAUUCUAUAAAGGUCGUUCCCUCCACUUACCAUCAAGUACUACGCUAUCACACAAAGAAUGGCGUCAAGGAAAUCAUGGGAGAUCAACAUUCUUCUAGGAGUUGCGACAGAACUACCAUGAAGGGGAGGAAAUAA